UGCUGAUAGCGGAAGUGACGUAUGUGGCUCGGUUGCUAAGCUGCAGCAGAGAUCAAACAGCCCGUCGACAGGUAGAAGGCUGGACUCGGACCCAACUGGAGCCAUUUUACCCGAACAACGGCGGUUCUGGUCCGCUAAGAGCCGAACUCGGAGGAGGCGUCACCAGCAACCGGUCCAGUUUCUUCCGGUUCGACCAGCUAACUAGUUGCUAACCAGCUGGUUACCCUCAGCUAGGGAGAAGAAGCUCCGUUGAGAGGUCCCCAUGAUCUAACCUCAGCACGGGUCCAGGUUCUAAGCAGGACCGGCAUGGCUGCCGCCAGCACCACCAAGAUCUCAUGGCGCCUGCAGGAGUUCGAGGCUCACUCGCGGACCGUGUCCUGCUUGUCUCUGGGGAAGAGCUCCGGUCGCCUGCUGGUCACAGGAGGAGAGGACUGCAGGGUGAACAUCUGGGCCGUCAACAAAGCCAACUGUGUCAUGAGCUUGACCGGCCACAAGAACCCAGUGGAGUGUGUCCAGUUCAACGUGUCAGAGGAGCAGGUUGUAGCUGGUUCCCAGUCCGGGUCCAUUCGGGUCUGGGACCUGGAGGCCGCUAAGAUUCUGCGGACCUUGAUGGGACACAAAGCCAACGUCAGCAGCCUGAGCUUCCACCCGUUUGGAAACUUCCUGGCCUCCAGCUCCACAGACACCAGCAUAAAGCUCUGGGACGUCCGGAGGAAAGGAUACGUGUUCCGCUACAAGGGUCACACUGAAGCCGUCCGGAGUUUGGCUUUCAGUCCAGACGGGAAGUGGUUGGCCUCAGCGAGCGACGACUUCACAGUGAAGCUCUGGGACCUGUUCCAGGGGAAAACCAUCACCGAGUUCAAGUCUCACUCUGCAGCCGUCAACGUGGUCCAGUUCCAUCCCACCGAGUACCUGCUGGCAUCCGGCAGCGCCGACAGGAGCAUCAAGCUGUGGGAUCUGGAGAAGUUCACGAUGGUGGGUUCUCUGGAAGGAGACACGUCUGCAGUCCGGUGCCUCCUCUUCAGUCCCGACGGCUCCUGCCUCUACAGCGGAGGCUCGGACUCCCUGCGGGUCUUUGGCUGGGAGCCCGACCGCUGCUUCGACGUGGUUCCUGUUGGCUGGGGGAAGGUGUCCGACCUCGCCGUCUGUAACCAGCAGCUGAUCGGCGUGUCCCACCAGCUCUCCAGCGUCUCUUCGUACCUGGUCGACCUGAAGAGGGUGAAGAAGAGCGGCGGCGCCGUCAUCCAGGGCAUCAUCCAGGACAACAAGCCGCUCACAGAUCCAGCAGAACCCAGAGGGACGCCGCUGAGGCGGAACUACGACAGACCCACCACCACCUGCAGCGCCAACAGGAUGAAGCGCUCGGAUACUGAUAGGCGGAGCCCCGACGGAGAGAGGCGGAGCCAGAGCGAAGACGAGGCUGAGGACAAACAGCCGUCAGCAGAGAUUCACAACGUGGACGACUACAGAGAGAUCUUCCAGCCCAAGCACGCCAUCUCUCGGACUCCUCCCCGGAUGUCAGAACCGUUUCCUGCUCCUCCUGAAGACGAGAGCGCGCUGGCCAUCGACCGGCAGCUGAAGGACCUGAUGCUCCCGUCUCCUUACAAGCAGGCUCCGCCCCUCGCCACCUCCACUCCCGUUCAGAGGGUUGAACCCACCGUGGUCUCCUGUGCGAAGCGCCCCAACCCUAAAGCCGCUAACCCCGCCCCUCCCAGCCAGCCGGCCCCGCCCGCUCAGGUGGCGCCGCCCAAAGCGCAGCAGCAGGUCAGAGUGAUCCCGAGCAGCCGCAACGAGCCGCUGGGCCUGAACGUGGCCGACUUCCUGCCGUCCACAGCCAACCACCAGGGCGGCGCUCUGAGCGACGACGACGCUCUGUCCCAGAUGAGCAAGGGCCACGACACCAUGUGUGUGAUGCUGAGCAGCCGCCACAAGAACCUGCAGACGGUGCGGUCCGUUUGGGCCCGGGAGGACGUCAAGAGCGCCCUGGAUGCUGCCGGCUCCAUGAACGACCUCUCCAUCAUGGUGGACGUCCUGAACAUCCUCAACCUGCAUCCCUCCUUGUGGAAACUGGACCUGUGCACGCUGGUCCUCCCUCAGAUCGAUAAGCUGCUGCAGAGUAAAUAUGAGAGCUACAUGCACACGGGCUCCACGUCCCUGAAGCUCAUCAUCAAACACUUCUGGGCUCUGAUCUCAGAGACGCUGAAGGCCUCUCCGGCCGUGGGAGUCGACAUCACGCGUGAGGAGCGACACCAGAAGUGCCGCGAGUGCUGCCGGUACCUGCAGAACCUGAACAACGUGGUGAAGAACCGGGCCGGGCAGGUGGGCCGUCACGGCAGCACCUUUAAGGAGCUGCAGCUCCUGAUGGCGCCGCUGGACGACGCACUCUGACCUCAGCUGGUCUGCAGAGCACAACCAAUCAGGAUGAAGGAACUUCAGGAUGUUUUCACUUUUCUACUGUUUGAAUAGUUCAAAUAAAGGUUCAUGAACACAAA